AUGAGUGCUUAUAUACAUAUUCCAUUUUGUUUAAAACGAUGUUUUUACUGUGCUUUUCCUGUUCAUAUAGUUGGAUAGACAGAAGUCAAUUAGAAUCAUUACAAACAAUCUUUGGAGAAACAAUAUGUAGAAUAUUUGAUUAAGGAUAUUCAAAAACAUUAUAAAGGGGAACCUUUGAAAACAAUAUAUUUUGGAGGAGGAACUCCUUCUCUCCUCUCGUUAGAGAGCUUGCAAUUAAUAUUGAAUUGCUUUAAGAAAUAAUCAAACGCAGAAAUAACCAUUGAGGCGGAUCCCAAAACUUUCAACGAAGAUAAGCUAUAAGGAUUUAAAACUUUAGGGCUCAAUCGGCUCUCCGUGGGUGUUUAAUCUUUACAGGAUGAAACAUUAAAACGAUUAAACAGAAGCCAUCUAAGAAAGGAUAUAGAUGAUGCCCUUGGACUUAUCUACAAAGUCUAUGGAUCAUUUGACAAUUGUUCUUUUGACUUUCUUUAUAAUUUACCCUCUGAAGUUGGAUAAAGCUCACUUGAAGAUCUAAAAUGGUUCAUUGAAUAAUAUCAACCAGGACAUAUCUCUGCCUAUUCACUGAGUAUAGAAGAGGAAUCCUAUUUCUACAAAAACUUGAAUUAUCGAGAAGGCAUUCAUCCUCUUCCUAAUAACGAGAUUCAAACCUGCAAUUACACUAAAGUGCAUCAAACUCUACAGCAAUACGAUCAUUAUGAGAUAUCUAAUUUUGCAAAAUCAGAAAAGCAUAUCAGUUAGCACAAUAAAAAUUAUUGGCUUGGGGAUAGCAAUUUUUAUGGAUUUGGAAUGGGAGCCACAUCUCUUUCAAAUUUAAUCAGAGUUACUCGACCAAAAACAUUGAAAUAAUAUUAUAGGUUUGUAGACUCUGGAGAGGGUUGUUUGGUGGAGGAUGAAAGUACUCAAUUUGAAAAAUAAAGAAUACUAUUAAUGAGUAGAUUAAGAACCAAAUGGGGGAUAGAGAGAUCAUUAUUAUCAUAAUCUCUGAUAGAGGCUAUGAAAAGGUUUGAGGAAUACUUGAUUAUUGGUGAAGAUAAUAUCAAAUUAAAAAUUCCAGAAGGUUAUUUAGUAUGUGAUGAGAUUGUAGGAUACUUAUAGAAUAUUAAAUGA